AUGACAUUGAGAGCUGCAGACACCUUGGCUGUGCGACAGAAGCGACGGAUCUACGAUAUCACCAACGUCCUGGAAGGCAUCGGGUUGAUCGAGAAGAAAUCCAAGAACAGCAUCCAGUGGAAAGGGGUGGGUCCUGGCUGCAACACCCGUGAAAUAGCUCACAAACUGAUCGAGCUGAAGGCAGACAUAGAGGACCUGGAGCAGCGGGAGCAGGAGCUGGAGCAGCAGAAGCUNNNNGUUCAGCAGAGCAUCAAAAACGUGACAGAAGAUGUGCAGAACAGUCGAUUAGCUUAUGUGACACAUGAAGACAUCUGCAAGUGCUUCACAGGUGACACCCUCCUGGCCAUUCGAGCCCCCUCAGGCACCCGCUUGGAGGUUCCCAUCCCAGAGGGCCUAAAUGGGCAGAAGAAGUAUCAGAUCUAUCUGAAGAGCACGAGCGGCCCCAUCGAUGUUCUCUUGGUGAACAAAGAUGCCUGCAGCUCUCCUCCUGUCGUCCUGCCUGUUCCUCCCCCUGAAGACCUUCUCCAGUGCCAGGCAGUUGCCCCCUCCAAGCCUCAGAUCCCCCCACUCACCCACUCUCAGGAGGCAUCAGUUCCCAGCACCACCCGGCCCUCCACCCCCACCCCCACCACCACGCAGGACCACGGCCCUCCUGCCCAGAAGGCCACCAGCACAGAAUGUGUCCCAGCAGCAGAGUCCAAGAGCAGUGGUGACUUUGACCCCCUGGGUGACCCCUCAGCUGGGUUGGACACCCAGCCCCUCCAGUCCUCUGCCUCCCUGGACAGCAGCUCCGUCCUGCCCAGCCCCUCUACCUCCUUUGAGCCCAUCAAGCCUGACCCCACUGGAAUACUGGAACUGCCCAAAGAGCUGUCAGAGAUGUUUGAUCCAACAAGAGAAUGUAUGAACUCUGAGCUGCUGGAAGAGCUGAUGACCUCUGAAGUGUUUGCUCCCUUGCUCCGCCUCUCCCCGCCCCCUGGAGAUCACGACUACAUCUACAACCUGGACGAGAGUGAAGGUGUCUGUGACCUCUUCGACGUGCCUGUGCUCAACCUCUGA